UACAACUGGGAUACAUAAAAACCAUGAAAAGCCAGUUAAUAGGAUUUCUUAUGAACUUUUGGAUUCCUUUUUCAGUUGCUUUAUAUUUUCACAGUGGAGAAAGAGAAGAGAAAUGUAUAAUUGAAGAUGUUCCCAGCGACACGUUGGUAAUUGCGAAUUACAAAGUACAACGCUGGGAUAUACAUAAACAAGACUUUCUUAAAUCCGCUCCUGGUUUGGGAAUGUUUGUGACUGUCACAACUCCUUCUGCUGAGGUACUAUUGUCAAAAUUGUAUGGGUCACAAGGAACAUUUUCUUUCACAUCCUAUCUAUCUGGGGAGCAUGUUAUCUGUUUACAGUCUAACUCCACAAGAUUUGUGGCAUUUGCAGGAAGCAAACUGCGUAUCCAUUUGGACAUUAGAGUUGGAGAACAUUUUUUGGAUGAAUCUAUUGUUCAAGCCAAAGACAAAGUGGAUGAAGUUAACUUUAGACUAGAACACCUAAUUGAGCAAAUUCACCACAUAGCUAAAGAACAAAACUAUGAAAGAGAGCGUGAAGAAAAAUUUCGGAAGACAAGUGAAGAAACCAACAGCAAUAUUUUGUGGUGGGCUAUUGUACAAACACUAAUCCUCAUCUCCAUUGGAAUCUGGCAAAUCAAAUCUCUCAGAGAUUUCUUUAUAUCUAAGAAGCUUGUUUAAGUCCUAUGAAGUAAAUGCACAGAUUCAAAA